AUGAUUUUACUUCGUUGUCUACUUUGUCCGACAUGGCGUCGUAUGGGAUAUAAUAAUCUAGUAAAACCGAUAAUUAGGAAUGAAACAACAACAACAUCGACAACAACUUCAGCUUUUUCAAAUAUUCAAAAAUCUCUUUCGAAUAACGUACUUGUUUUUGAAUAUAAAGAUCGAAUUUUACCAGUAUUAGGUGUUCUUGGUUUUAUUCAAUUUAUUGCAUUUGAUCUAAUUGCUUAUUGGAGUUUUUAUUUGUUUGGUACAGUUACUGCUAAACAAGAAAAUUUAACAUCAGAAUCAACAUUACUUGAUCGUGCAGCAACGAUUGUACCUACAAAGAAAUUUCGAUACACAACGAAUGCUAUUAUUGUAUUACUUAGCGGUGCUAUAUUUGGUGCUUGUAUAAUCUAUCCAGCUAGAUGUAUACGUCGCCUUUAUCUACUCAAGGAUGGAUCGUCUAUUGGUGUUGUUACUUAUGCAUUAUGGCCUAAUGCACGAAAAUUUACUGUUCCAUUAGAAAAUGUAUCAGCACAAACAGGAUUAAAAGGUGUUGGUGUUUUUCAUAAAUUAAGUCUUAAAGAUCGUUGGUUAUCACAUUUAGUCAAUAAUCGUGAAGGAAAAUUUUAUAAUAAAACUAUUUAUGAAACUGUGAUUGCUUUAAAACGUUUCUAG